CAAAAUCCAAACCAUCAUCUAUCAUCCUACCUGAUUAUCCUCUUAAUUCAGUAGUAAUAGCACAAUCGGAUGAGGAUCCUUUAUUAAGUAUGUCCAGUGCAACUCCAGCAAGUCGUGAUAUGGGUUAUUGUAGUGAUCUGUUAGUAUCGUCACCUUCCAGACCUACUGUCGAAGACAGAGUCAUAGAACAAAUUGAAUAUUGUACAGAGAACAAUAGUAAUAAUAAUAAUGUUCACCAUAAUAAUGAUGACGACUAUACAGAUUUGUUGAAAUUUGAAGAUUUAUGUAUGGAUAAAUUAAACUCUGUAGUUCAUCAAGCUACAUCAUGUGAUUCAAUAGUUUCUUUGUCGAAUAAACCGGAAAUUGAAAUUCCUUCUUUAUCAUCAUCAUCAUUGUCGUCAACAUCAUCAUCAAUAUCCGUCUUUCCAUCGUCUAUAAAUACUUCUGUUGCUACUGUUAAACCCACUACUAUUACUACCUCAAAUAUAUCAUCUGUAGUACAUUGUGAAAUGACAGCAUCACAGGUUGCAGAUUGGCUUUGUCAAUCAAAUUUUGAAAAUCUUCUUGAAACGUUUAAGAAUUUCACAGGUUGUGAUAUACUUCGUCUAGCUAAAGAAGAUUUAUUGUCUAUUUGUGGAUCAUUAGAAGGCUUACGAUUAUAUAACUCACUUUAUAACAAACCUACAGUGCCAAGAUGUACACUAUAUGUAUGCUUGAAAGGAGAAACAAUCUAUCAUGCAAUUAUGCUCUAUGAAAUGAAGGUUCAUGAAUUACGUAGUCGAAUGGCUUUUAUAUUAUCUUGUCGUCAAGAAUGCAUCAAAAUUAUAUGCCUUGUCACAGAAAAUGAUAUUCCUGUCCUAUUAACUGAUGAGCUCAUUGUUCAAUUGAAAGAUAAAAGUACCCAUCAAAUUACAUUGAAUAAAAUUUGUUGCAAUAAAAUUAAUUUAUUUUUAAAACCUACACAAUAA